AUGGAGACCCCUCCCCUCCCUCCUCGCCCCGCAGGCUCGACCGAGCACCGCGUCCUCGUCCUCGGCACGGGUGGCACCAUUGCCUCGGAGCCCACGUCCGAGGGCUACGCGCCCAUCUCCGAGGUCACUGCCCGUGACGCCUUUUUCAAGCGUAUCCGCCAGCACCCGCAGCUGAGCGAUGCCCCCGCCGAGGCAUUCGGCGCGCCCGUCCUCGCCAAGCGCGUCGGACGCGACAUGAAGUACCCCGCGCUCAGGACACCUAUUCUCGACGACAAGGGAAACACGGUCCUGUACGAGAUCCUCGACCUUGAGAACCACAUGGACUCGAGCGAGAUGACUCCCUCUGACUGGAACCGCAUCGCCGAGCUCAUCUCCGAGCACUGGGACGCGUACGAGGGCUUUGUCGUCCUCAGCGGAACCGACACGUUGGCAUACACCUCGUCCAUCCUCACAUUCCUGUUCGCCGGCGCUGGAAAGCCUGUCGUCGUCACCGGUGCCCAGAUCCCCCUCCGCGAGCCCCGCAGUGAUGGCUGGUACAACGUCCUCGAGUCGCUGCUGGUUGCCGGCACGCUGCCUUACACGGGCGUCAGUGUCGUCUUCUGUCACCAGGUGCUGCAGGGAUGCCGUGCUGUCAAGGCGUCGCCCGACAACCUCCAGGCGUUUGAGACCCCGUCUGUUCCUCACUGGAUGCGUCUGAACGUCAAGAUCUCGCCCCUCGACUCGCUCACCCGGCGCUCGGCAUCCCGCCCGCCUCCCCUCGUCAAGCUCGAGGCCUUCCCCACCGUCCUGUCGUGCGCCAUCUACCCAGGCAUCACAGGCUCGGUUCUCGCCGCCCAGAUCCACUCCAUGCCUACCUGCCGCGCCGUCAUCAUCUCGGCGUUCGGAAGCGGCAACCUGCCCGUCAAGGAGGAGAGCGGCGUGCUCCAGGCCCUCGAGGCGGCUGUCAAGCGCGAGAUUCUCGUCGUGGUCAUUUCGGGAUGCUACUACCCAAAUAUCUACCCUCUCUACGCGCUCGGUGUGCGCCUCCUCGCCAUCGGCGUCCUGCCCGGAGGCGACCUCACCCACGAGGCCGCGUUCGCAAAGCUCAUCUGGCUCGUGUCGCGCAAGGAGCUGAGCUUCAAGCAGAAGCAGGACCUGUUCCAGACCCCCAUCGCUGGCGAGAUGACUGUGAACCUCCAGUAA